GCUUCAGGGGUCGCACAGUGCUUGGCAUACAUAGGAGCAGAGGGGCUUGGAGACGGGCACGUUGGGGAGGCAGGAGGAUAGAGCGGGUCUGAGACUGGGGCACGGGACCCCGUGUGCCCUAGGGCCCUAUGGAAGCUGAAGCUGGGCAGGCUCCGGAGACCCGGAUCGUUGGGGCUCAGAUCACCACUGGCGUCACAAGCCACACUGGGAGCAGCACAUCGACAUGUUCGAAGUGCACACCGCUUUACCGUGUCCACGGAGAAGGACAGGGCUCCCUUUGAUCCUAUCUUGUCUGCUGCCUGGGGUGGACACUGACACUCUUGCCUGUGGCGCUGGCCCAUGCCUGGGGGACCGGGACUCACCUUUCAAGGGGGGUGUGGGGACAGGGAAUUAGGGAUCUAGGUUCAGGGCGCUCCAGUCCAGGCAAGUGUAUAGCGAGACGAUGCUGGACGCCCUCCGGCCGCCUGGAUUCUUCGAAGGCGGGUGGAAAAUCCAAGAAGCAUCGGAGAGCCUCGGAACAGCCUUCAGAGCCGGUCCAGGGGUACUGCUCAGCCAGGAGGGGGGCGUGACCUUCCCUUUUCGCCCCUGCGUGGCAGAGGCGGAAGUCUAUUUUGUAGAGGCGGAAGUCCUCCAGGAAGCCCCACGCAGGGGUGGGGGCGGUCUCGCGCCUGCGCUGUACGUAGUCGCCGGGAGGCGGAGUCGCGCAGGCGCUUCGGGUCGUAGGCCGUGUUGUUCCUGGCGGCGCUUCCAGCCUCCUGGAGGAGAGUUACGUCCUGAAGGACCCGUUCACCUCAGACAAGGACAGGUUCCUGGUCCUCGGCUCCAAGUGCAGUGUGUGCAGCCGGCUGGUGUGCGUGGGCCCGGUGGGAAUGCAGUUUAUUCUACUCCAAGAGGUUUUGCCUCCCCUGUGUCCAGGAGAACAUGGACGCCUUCCCUCAGGAAAUCCGGCAAGACUUGGAGAAAAGGAAAGCUCCAUCAAAGAGGCCGGCCAGCCAGCCUGGCUCUCGGACAUGAGUGCAGCCUGAUGCCAGGUUGGCAAGAGCGCCUUGCACAGAGCUCUGGGGCCGAGCUGGGAGCCGUCGUGCCCAGCCUUGUGUCGGGACAGGCAGGAGCAGUGUGUGCAACUGGAGUGAGCUGGGGCCCAGCCUGCCCCAGGAAGGUGACUGGGAGACGCAGAGAAGGCACUCAAAAGGCAGACCUUGGACCAGACAUCCCCCAGACCCGACCCCAUCCAGAGCCCUCUCGAUGCUGAGACCGCAGGGCAGGAACUGAGGAAUGGCUCAGAACUGGCACAAAGGGAGGCCAGGGCUGGGCCUGCUGGCCCUUUGGCUCUCCUCCCAGACCUGAGGGCUCUGGGCCUGCCUGCAGGGUCAUCCCCUGGCUCCUGCUUACAGGCGACAGACCUGGAGGGGCCUUUAUGCCCUUCGCAUGAUUUCGUCAGAUCCAGGAGUUGCCUCCAGGUAAUAUGCUGCUCUGCCUGGCCGAGGACACAGGAGUGAAGGGACAAAGCCCACUGCCCUGGUCCAGUAGGGGGAGGCCCCUCUGGUCACACUGGGGGGUUGUGCUGUCCGUGCUCAUGCAGAGGCAGGACAGCUGGGUGGGGACUCUUGCUUUCUCCAUCCAAGGAAGUGAGUGUUCAUGCAGGGAAGACCUCACUCAGUCAGAUGGUUCACAGGGAAGUGACCUGUGGGAAGGUGCCUGAGGUGUGUGGGGGAGCUGCAGAUGCAACUGGGGGUCCAGGGGCGGUGGAGUUUCACUUCACAUCCUCGUGUGAAUCUUGUUUUAAAUCUUUAAUCUUUAAAACCUCGUUUUAAAUCUUGACCACACGUUAGAUCCGUAAUUAAAAACCCAGAGAGCCAGUUAAUGUUUUGAAAAGUAAUCCUUCCCCAGAAACAUUUGCGAGGCAGAUGUCCUCCUUGGCACUCUGGAUCUGGCGUGGGUCGGGGGCUGGGGUGUUGCCACAUGAAGCCUCUUCUGUCCUGUCUGUCCCGCAGGCUCUGGCUCUGGCCCCAGGCCCAGUCCCAUUCCAAGGCAGAGCAAUGCCUUCCCCUGCCUUCCCUUCGCUCACACAGAGGCUCACAACUUGAGGUGCUGGCUUGCCCCUCUCCACAGGGGACCCCGCAUCAGCUCUGCAGGCUCCUGUAGGCGGCCCCAGGGCACUCAUCCCCCCACAGAUACUCCUGCCCUGUGGCCUCCACCUUCGCCAUGGGGGACACACUGAAGGGUGCAUUUGGCUCUGCUGGCUCUCAGAGGGCCGGAGCUGUUCUAUCUUUGCCCGUAACUGUUCUAUCUUUGCCUGUAACUGCCUGAAGGUCCGCUGACGCUGUCCUGGGGGGCGCCAGACAUGGGUUUGAGAAGAGAAUGAAUAAAGAGCUUUUAUUGGC